CCCCUUAUAUCAGGUUCCAUUGUAUUUUUUUAUUCUCAAUGUUCUCACAAUUUGAAGGAGCGAACGAAACGAGGACGACGGGCUGAUUUCCUCUAUUUCCUGUUCAUAGACCUUGAUUUGAAGGAGGCGCGGCGAAGACGGGAGGAUCUCGUUACGGUUUCCUUCCACAAAUCGAUCACCACUGACGACCACCUCCUGUCUGCUGGUUGUGUACCGUCGUUCGACGACAAGCUUAGAAGACGAUUGUUGGGCUGGCGUCGUCGAUUCCAAAGCAUUCAUAACGGUACAAAGGACCGGCGACGGCGACGAGGGAUUCAGACGGUUUCCAGAAGACCCAAAAACCUCAUCGACGACGAAAGAGAGAAAGAACAAAAGGGGAAAAAAGAAAAUUAUUGCGGAUAUCACCCCGGAUCGAGUAAUCUGGCUACUGCAGCUCGCGUUGGAUUAUCUGAGCCAAUUUCAACUGGUGGUCCCAGUGAAUUUGAUGUUAUAAAGACCCGUGAACUGGAAAAGGAAUGGAUAUGUGUUGCAACUAUGACUUUGAGGAACUUUGUUUUGUGUCCUGAUAAAUUUCUAUUCUAUUUACCUUUUCUUCGAGAUGCGGGUUUGUAUGAAAGUCAUGAAGAAUCUGUCAAAAGAGAGGAAGUUCUUGGUAGAUUGGAUCAGAUAGUUAAGACGUGGGUGAAAAAUAUUAGCCGUGCCAAAGGUUAUAAUGAGUCAAUAGUUCAUGAGGCAAACGCAAAGAUUUUCACGUUUGGUUCUUAUCGGCUUGGUGUUCAUGGGCCUGGUGCUGAUAUUGAUACCUUAUGUGUUGGACCAAAACAUGCAAGUCGAAAUGAAGACUUCUUUGGUGAACUUUACAGAAUGCUCUCCGAAAUGCCUGAAGUACAAGAACUGCACCCGGUGCCAGAGGCUCAUGUUCCUGUGAUGAAGUUCAAGUUCAAUGGUGUUUCUAUAGAUCUACUUUAUGCAAAUGUGUCGCUAUGGGUUAUUCCGGAAGACUUGGAUAUUUCUCAAGAAUCGAUUCUGCAAAAUGUGGAUGAUCAAACUGUUCGCAGUCUCAAUGGUUGUAGAGUGACUGACCAAAUAUUGCGGCUGGUCCCAAAUAUUGAGACUUUCAAAACGACACUUCGAUGUAUGAGGCUGUGGGCAAAGCGACGUGGGGUUUAUUCAAAUGUUACUGGUUUUCUUGGUGGUAUUAAUUGGGCAUUGCUUGUUGCUCGCAUCUGUCAAUUGUACCCAAAUGCUUUGCCUGGCAUGUUGGUGUCUCGUUUUUUUAGAGUGUAUAACUUAUGGCGGUGGCCUAAUCCAGUUAUGCUCUGUCCAAUUCAAGAAGGAUCAUUGGGACUUUCCUUUUGGGAUCCUAGGAGAAAUUAUAAGGACAGGUUACACCUAAUGCCCAUAAUAACCCCUGCGUAUCCCUGCAUGAACUCUAGCUACAAUGUGUCGACAAGCACGUUACGUGUCAUGAUGGAGGAGUUUCAAAGAGGGAAUGAAAUGUGUGAGGCAAUAGAAGCAAACAAGUCCAGCUGGCCCACCCUUUUCGAGCCUUUCGCCUUCUUCGAAGCAUACAAAAACUAUCUCCAGAUCGAUAUAGCCACAGAAAACGACGAGGACAUGAUGAACUGGAAAGGCUGGGUCGAGUCCAGAAUACGCUUGCUCACACUAAAGAUAGAACGAGACACUAGUGGAGUCCUCCAAUGCCACCCCCACCCAGGCGAAUUCUCAGACAAAGCAAAGCCUUUCCACCACAGCUAUUUCAUGGGCUUACGCAGAAAACAAGGCACUAACCCUCAAGAAGGAGAACAAUUUGACAUAAGAAUGACAGUCGAGGAUUUCAAAAGAGAUGUGUAUGCUUACUCCUUCUGGAAGCCUUCAAUGUGGAUUCAUGUGUGCCACGUCAAGCGAAAGGACAUACCUGGAUUUGUUUUUCCCGGUGGGGUCCGCCCUUCACCACCUGCCAGGACCUCUGCUGAGGGCCGCUCGGUUUUGACCAGGAAAAAACGAAAACAGGAGGAUUUGAGCAGCAGGGGAAUUAGUCCGAGUGAAUCAUUGAGUGGUGCAUUUGCUAUUAAUAAUAGUGAUGUUGCAACUUCUGUGGAUGUAAUGAGGGAAAAAUCGAGGCGAAUGGAACCCGAGUUUAGUGGCACAAUGGAGACUUUAUCUAUUCCAGGAUUUGGUUCAUUGGCUAUGGAUAAGUCUGUGACCGAGCAAUAUUCAGCACAAACUGUUAAUCAACAAGGUUCUUCGGAAGUUGUUGAUGGGGUUAUGGUUGUUGAUGAUCUACAGUCAAAGACUGAAAUCCCGAACAAUGAUGAAACAGGAGGAAGUAGAUUAUCUCCGCCUUUGACUUCAGAGCAAGCUGGAGAAGGGGUAGCUGGAGCAGCAGGGGAUUGGCCCAUGUGCUCGAGGGUUGAACCGAAGAAUGAUGAUUUGGAGGAGCUUGAGCCUCUCGAAUUGUGUGUAACAAGUGCAACUGCAUCUGUGCCAGCAAAUGUGCCUGCUCAGAAACCCCAAAUCAGGUUUAGUUUCACCUCUUUGCCCAAGGCAACAGGCAACAGUGCCUAAGAAUUAUUUGUGGCGGGAAGCAUACUUUAUAUGAAGACAAUGUGUUUGGGUAAUUUUUGUUGCUGAUUAUAAUAAUAAAAUGUUUACUUUGUCCAGCGUACGAUGAUGUCUGGGCUAAAACUUGGCUGAGCGUUUUGUAUAUUAUAUGUGCAUGAAUAUUCAACUGUAUUAUGAUAUUUUUCUCAUAAACGAUUAAUGCAAAUAAAUUAUUUCUCUUAAUAAAUCGAGCAAUUUGGUUA